AUGGUGGCGGCCAGCUACUCGAGUAGCAAGAGCAAGUCGAGUGAAAAACACUCGUGGGUGCUGUCGUUGAGUCGGAAGUCCGUCGGUCGAGUUCACAGCCCCUUCAGCCUCCACACUCGCGUGGCGCACGUGUUGGCAGAGGACCGUCAAGAUGCGUUCGACCCAGGCUCCAAGGCUGUCAUGGUGUGGGACCACGUGCUGCUGCUGUGCCUUCUAUUGGAGUUGUUCUUGCUACCGUACUUCCUGGCUUUCCAGUCCGAGGCGAUGGAGAUGGUCUCCAGUCUGUUCGUGCUGGUGUUCGCCUGUGAAGGCGUGUUUGCACUGGACUUGUACGUCCAGGCUCAUACAGGCUACUACUCCAACGGGAACCUCAUUCGAGACAAGAAACGCACCAUUCGACGGUACGUGCACUCGGUGCAGUUUGUACUCGACGUCAUCGCCUUGCUGCGAUGCUCCCGACUGCCACACUUUGUGUCGAGUUUGGACGAGUUCUACGCGAAAUAUUUCGUUGGGCUCAAGCUCUUGAAGGUCCUGGCAUCGACGGUGUACCUCGCGCAUGUAUUGGCCUGCGUCCGCUUCAGUUUAAAUGGCGGCGAAGUGGAAAGCCUGAUGGAGAGUGGCUCGCAUCUCGAACAGUACUUAGGGUCGCUGUUCUGGAGUGUGGGCAUCAUGACGGGGCUGUUCGAGGGAGAGCUCCCUCAUCGUAGUACUGAGCUCAUGUUCACAAUAGUAGUGGCGCUCUGUGGCUUCUCCAUGUUCACGACUCUGGUCGCGACGAUUUUCGUGAUCUCCAAGUGCGAGAGUGGUCAGAUGGAAGCCAUGGAGGCGAGGAUUAAUCAACUUGUCCACAUCUUCUCGUUCCAUCGUGUACCGGAAAACCAGCAGACCCAAGCCAUCGAGUACCUGAAACGUUAUUAUACUGACACGGAGGCAAAUGAUCGCGAGACGGCGAAACUUUUGUGUCCGUCCAUUGCAACGGACAUCCAGGUAGACCUCCUAAAGCCGACAAUCGCUCAGAUCGCGAUCUUCGAUGGCUGCAGCGACCAGUUCAUCGUGGCCUUGGCAAGUCAAUUGGAGAUGAUUGCUUUGCCCGCACGGACUACGUUAUUCUCGACGGGGGACUUUGGUGACGCCAUGUACGUGGUUCACUCUGGAGUGCUGGCAAUUGUGGUGAGGUCCAUGACGGUACGGGAGAUUCGGAAAGGCUCGUGGUUUGGUGAGUUGUCGGUCUUUUCCUCGAUGCCACGCACUGCCACCGUCGUCUCGACGACGUACGUAAUUCUGUACAAACUAUCGAGGUUUCACUGUGAACGAGUGCUGGAAGGGUACCCAGCGUGCGCGAAGCUGGUAAUUGACCACGUCCAAGAAGUACUGAACCAGCUGAACAAAGUUGACAGCCAGCCUAGCAGUAGUGUGGCGUCUACUCGUUCGGACACGCGGAGGACGAGCUCGUCCAUGAGACGGGCGUCCAUUGCAGCGGGGGUGGUAGCAGGAGCAGCGACGUUGGUGAAAGUAUUGUCAAAAAGAGGAAAAGAUACCAUGACAUCGUCUCGGAGGAGUAUUCUACCUUGGAGAAGAACACUUCGCCAGGGUUUUGGCUUCUGGCGACUGAUUCUAUUCCGAAAGUGCAUUGAUCAGCACUCGAAAGCUCGCAAGUGGUGGCUGUUGCUGCUGUUGUCCAACCUGUGCUACGGCUGGAUCAUGGUCCCAGUUCAAGUGACUUUCCCAUUGUGGCAGCGUCCGUCCUGGAUAAUCCAAGCAGUGGAUACGAUCUCGAAUGUAGGUCUGUGGCUUGAUUUGGUGCUGAAUUUCAGUCUAUCUUUCAUGAUCGACUCUGAGAAAAUUAUGGAUCCGGAACGGAGCGCGCAGCGAUACUUUAAGCACGGUUUCGUCUUCGAUCUGCUCUGUGCCGUACCAUUCGAGUAUCUGAACGUGACAAGGUACGGCUUGCUGCGACUUCCUCGGUUGCUCCGUAUUUUUCACUUAAAACGGCGUUUGAAGGAGAUUGGGCACUUUUUCCCGUUCACCGGGCGACGGCAGCUUAUGCUGCUUGGCGCGCUUUUGUUCAUGCUAUUCCACAUUGUUACCUGCAUCCACUUUGGAAUCUCGUACCUCGAGGGAUUCAACUCGCACGAAGAAGAAGCGUGGAUUUCCCCAGUAAACGUUUGUUUGAAAAGGUUGAAUGCAAGCCACUUGGAGAAUUGCAGUGGCGAAAUAUUCAACGAAGCCACCGAUCUGAGCGUGCUCCAUGCUAUCACCGCUCUGGAAUAUUCACGUUCACUAUACUACGCGGUGGGGGUGCUGGCUUCUCCAGGGAGAAGUGUAGAGCCUGUCACUGACGUUCAGCUGAUAGCAGCGUUGAUUCUCAUGCUCAGUGGCUUCCUCAUCACGGCUGUCGUGGUGGACAACGUCCAGAAGCGGUUCACCGCCUCUGCCUUCGAGCAAAAAGAAUUCUUCGCGACUAGCACGCGGAUCCAGCUCUUCCUGCGUCGCCAGAACGCCCCGACUGUGAUCCACCAUCGGGUCAAGGCGUUUCUAGACUACUGGUGGUCUUCCCACCGAGGCGCUGUAAUCGGAGAGUUACUUGCUGAUCUCCCACGGCCGAUUCGACUGGAUUUACUGCGAAGUAUUUGCUUGCCAGUACUACAGACGUUAGCCCUAUUGCAUGGCGUACGUCCUGUACUUGACAAGCUCGAAGAGGUUAUGGUGGAGAAUGCCAAGUUCAUUCUGUACGGACAAGGCGAGAUCGUCUAUCGUCAUGGAGAUUCGGUGGUUGGGAUGUUCUUCCUGCUGGAAGGGGAAGUUUGCCUGGUGGAGAAGGGCGAGACGUCCCGUGAAGUCCCCCGCGGAGGGUUCUUCGGCACAGCAGCUCUCACGCAGAACGAAAGAUCGGAGGGUUAUAUGGAGCAUGUGAGCGCCAACAGUGGCUGUAUCUUGCUUUUGAUUUCUCGGGAACAGAUCCAAGCUAUGGAGGCCAUUUUCCCUGAGCUUGGUGAAGAAGCUCUCGCCCUUGAGCAGCGAUUACUGGGUGUUAAGGUAUCCAGCAUGAAGUUACAGAGACAAAAGCGGUUAAACUCCAGCGGCGAAGAACGGACGUCGCGAGUUUUCCACAAUAUGAUCUCGGAAUUCGGAGAAGUUUUUUCAGCUGUACACGACCCAGACUCGUGGUUUGUUCUGGCGUGGGAGACGUGGGUGUUUGUAGCGAUGACGCUGCAGUGGGCGCUGAUCAUGUUUCAAGCUUGUUAUCCGCUAGGAGAUGGAUACGUCAAUGCUGAUGCGAUGCUGAUCUUUUUCGAGAUUUCAUUGAUUCUGGACAUGCAGAUCCGAUCGCGACUGGGGUACUACGAGUUUGGCAACAAGGUGAUGGAUUACCCGCGCAUCAGACGCCAGUACUUGCGGUCGCGCACGUUCGUACUCGAUAUCGUGGCGUUGCUGCCUCUCUAUAUCGUAAACUGGUGUCUGCCUGUCAACAAGCGAUGGGGUCUUCUAAACGUCAACAAACUGUUGAGGCUGUUCAAAGUGCCCCGACAAUUCCACGCGUUGGAAACGAGAUACGUCAAGCACACGACGGAGUUGCGGUUAUUCAAGUUGCUCUACUAUACUUUCAUGCUGUCUCACUUUCUGGGCUGUAUCUGGUUCAAUUUCGCAUCAAAAGAGGCGGCUCCCCGGUUUGCAAGCACUGGCGAUACCAAAGAAACAGCUUUUGGGGGGAAUCACUGGCUCCCAUCCAAGCACUUGGAGCACGGACCACAUAUCCUCCAGUACAUGGCCUCGUUGUACUGGUCUUUCGGCCUCAUGUCGGCGUCAAUGGAGCCGGAGUUCCCUAAAACCACAGCGCAGUGCAUCUUCAGCGCUAUCACCAUGACCUCCGGCUUCUUCCUCUUCGCCUACGUGAUCGGUAACUUCGCUGACAUCAUCGAGCUCAAGAGCUCCGAGACCAGAGAGUUCGACGCCCAAAUGCGAGCGAUUCGUCAAAUGCUGACGCAUUUCAAGAUCCCGGACGCGCUUCAGCAGCGCGUGAAGACGUUUCUACUGUUCAAACGCUACCACACCAUCACCCAAGAGGACCUCCUCGUGCACUGCCUCCCUCCCUCUUUGCUCACCGAUAUCCGACUCGUUCACCUGAACCCGAUGAUCGAGAAGGUGGAGUUCCUUCGGGGCAUGGAAGGGUCCAUCACGCGGACGCUCGUCUCUCAAUUCACGCAGAUUUUGAUCUCACGAGGGGAAUUUGUCUGCAAAUUUGGAGAAAGUGGCAACGACAUGUUCUUCAUCUUCACUGGUUAUGUGAACAUCCUCGAACAACUACAGAAGGUGAAUGAGCUCUACGCGGGCUGCUACUUUGGCGAGAACGAACUAUUUACCAAUGGUAAACGCAACGCGUCUGUACAAGCUCAGACGUCGUGUAUUUUGUACAGAUUGUCGCGUGAAUCCAUGGAGCUCGUGUUUGCCAGGUACCCAAAGUGGAAGCAAAAGGUGCUACGGAUCGCCAACAUCCGACGCGAGCAGGAGCGACUCGUACAGCUCUCGCGCGAGGAACAACGGCGCGGUCUUGCGACUAUCACUGGUUUGAUGCUAUCUCGCGUAGAUAUUAUGAAUGAGAGGGCUGAGAGGUUGAAAGAAGAGCUGAACCACGCGCGACUCAAGCGCAGCAACAGCGCACGCUUCACAGCAAUCAACCUCACCAUCGGGAACUGGAUAAAGCGGCGGAUUCUACUACCGCUUACGAAUAUUUGCGACUGUCUGGUGCUUGGCGUCCCUGUUCAGAGCGAUUUUCACCUCAGUUGGCUUCGGUUCAUGGUGUUCUGUACCAUGUUCACAGCAAUCAUCGUACCGUAUCAACUGUCUAUGGAUGCGAUGGAUCGGAUGACAAUAAUCCCGACUAUCGUGAAAGCUUUGGGGUUACUCUGUGAAGUGGCUUUCGUGUUGGAUGUGUGGUUCAACUGGCACGUGCAAGAAUCUCCGGCAGCGCUGGAGCUCUAUGAACAAAACUUACGCAGUGUCUACAAGAAGCAGCGCAUGAUGUUUGAUAUCAUCGCAGCGAUCCCCGUGUACGGCUUACUCAUCGUGUUUAACGUCCAUCCAUGGCUCAAAUUACUGCGCUGCGUCAAGAUCUUCAACAUCAUGGGCUACCUGGAUGAGCUGAAUCGACGCAAUGUGGCCAACGAGCUCACUCGCUUCAUUCACGUGUGGGUGAUGUAUCUAUUAGUCAUCCACUGGGCCGCUUGUGCUUAUCUCGCGGUCGCUAUGGAGGUUGGUUUUGGUACGGAAUGGGACGCGUGGCUGCCUAGCCAAGAGCUCGAGAUCUCUGACCCCGAAGACCCGUCACCCUCUCAACUCGCGCGACGAUUUCUGCGCGGCCUCUUCUUCGCGACAACCGCGUUCGUCAAGAAGGCCCGUAACAUGGCGCCCGAGUCCGCGUCGUUGUACGCGUUCCAGAUCACCAUGUCGUUCACAGGCCUCAUCACCAUGUCGUUCGUGAUCGGCGAGCUGGCAAGCCUCUUUAUCUCGUACAUCGGCCUUGAAGUAGGCUUUCGCAAGAACCACAUUGCGGUCGAGCUCUUUCUGGCAAGAUUACGUGUCAACGACCGACUUAAAUCCCGGACGUACGCCUUCAUGACGUCUCUGUGGUCCUCCCACGCUGGCGUGAAUUAUGAGGAGCUCCUGGAGGAGUUACCGCGUCCAAUUCGCGCGGCUUGUGUGCUCCAUGCGUCGAAAGAACCUCUUGACUGGUUUGUCAUUAAAGUGUUCCGUCCGAUCUGCUGGGAGGGAGACCAAAGUAUCGCGGCAUUUGCGCUCUCACUCGCUGAAAAGCUGAGGUUUGAGGGCUACCCACGGGACGAGAACGUCAUCACGGAGGGAAGCAUCGUGUGCGCCAUGUACUUCGUCACCAAAGGGUUUUUGAACAUGGAGAGCAAGUCGCUACUGGAUCACCCUGUGGGGCUGCGGGACGGGAGCUACUUCGGAGAGCGCGGGUUGCUGAGCUGUACCAUCAGCGCGUACACUGUGCGAAGUGUGAGAGCCUGUGACUUGUUUUCUCUUAGCUCGGAGGCGUUCGCCCAGGUGAUGCAGCAGCACUCCUUCUCGAGGCUAGCUCUUCAGCUGUGCAACUGCGCGUACAAGCAUUUGAAGGCCAAGCAGACUGUGAAUUGCUCGAGGGGCGACAUGGAGGAGCUCUGGGGCAAGGCGCUGCUGCUUGCCGUCCACGAGACCAGGAAGGAGCAGCCACUGCGUACUGCAACAGGUGAACUAUCGGCGGAGAAAGUUGGGGAGGACGCUGCCACUACCACGGACGCUGCAGCAGGAGCAACACCCGAAUUCACUGCCGCUGCGUCGACUUUUAUCAGUGGCGUUGCACUAGCAGCUAGCAAGAGAAGCGAGCGCCAAAGCACAUCCGAGCAAGGAGACAUGCCGACCACGGAUAUGGAGCCGGCGCAUCUGAGUGCCAUGCUAAAGGCCCUGAACAGCAGUGAGAGCUGCUUCGAAGCAUUUGCACCUCUGCUGCAUAUCAAGUUGGCGUCCGAUCCAUUGAAUUGGACCACAACGUUAGCGUCUAUUGCGGCAUCGACUGCAGUCCCCGAAAGAAAGUUUACACCUGAGGAAUAG